AGGUAGGUAUAACCAAUCCACCGCGCCACCACGCAAGAUUUGGUGUGUUUGGUUUCUAGAGAGGCCGGCCGGGUGAAUUCCGGACGAACACCGUUGAUAUCGCGGCACCGUUAUCUUUUUAUUUUCCGGCCGGUUUGACAGGGGAGGGUUUAUAUCUCGUUGCUCGGCCUUUCCCCCCCUCACCCCUCCUCCCCUCCUUCCCUCUUUCUUUCUCUGCUUCAUCUUGCUCUGUGGUCUGACCUUGGUGGUUCAAUUAUCGGUACAAGGACAGGAGAACCCAGACAAAGAAAGCCAACAAGGCACUGUCAAAAAAUGGAGGAAGGCAAGCCCCAGACUCCGGCCGUGGAAUCUGUUUCCCAGGACCAUGACAGCAGAGACGAGAAGCAGGCACCUCUGGAUGCCAGAGGUCCUUCUGACCCCAACAACCCUCAAUACUGGUCAGAAAGCAGGAAGCGGCGCAUGCUGGUCGUGCUGUGCGUUGCUGCUCUGUUGACCGAUUGGGGUAUGACCUGGGGAUCGCCGUUGUUUGAAUCGCAAGCGGUCUACUGGAACAUGACCGCCGCCUCUGUCAGCAGCAGCUUGAGUGGUGGUGUCUUCUUGCAGGGCGCUGGUGGUCUCUUCGCUGUCCCCCUGACCCAGCGGUUUGGCCGUUUGCCCGUCCUCUUCUGGUCUCAAUUCCUCUCCUGCGUUGUCGUCAUCGGCUGCGCAUUGGCUCGCAACUUUGCCGGUUUCACUGCCGCUCGUACCGUGGAGGGCCUUGUCAACACCGCCCCCCAGAUCAUUGGUCUCUCGAUCAUUCAUGACAUGUACUCCUUCUCUGAACGGACCCGCAAAAUCAACAUCUGGAGUUAUGCCUUUCUUGCUGGUCCCUUCAUGGGCCCGUUCUGUGCGGCCCUGAUUAUCACCCGCCUGAACUGGCGCCAGGACUUUGGCAUUCUGGCUGCCAUGUAUGGGUUUAGCUUCCUGUUGACCGCCUGUCUUGGUGAAGAGACCCUGUACGAUGCCGAGACCCUGGAUACCCCGAAGACUCAGCCGCAGCAGAAGAAGUCUGUCGUCGACCAGCUGAAGGUUCUUACGGGCAUCACCGGAAUACAGGCCAAGGGCCGACCGGGCGUCUUCACUGUGCUCAAGGACACUUUUAGCAUCGGCUUGAAGCCCCACGUCCUCAUUAUCUCCAUGACUUAUUACAUGUUCGUGACCAUGUGGUCUGUGGGACUCGCCACAACCAUUCCCGAGCUUGUCGUCGUGCCACCGCUCUCCUUUGGCGCCUACGGCGUUGCCCUCCUCUACCUGGCUCCCGCCAUCGGUGGGUUCUUCGGUGAGAUCUGGGGCCACUUUUUCAACGACUGGCUCUGCAACUCGUACCUCCGUAAGCAUAACGGCGUCUGGGUCCCCGAGCGCCGUCUCUGGGCCUUCUACCCGGCCGCCGUCUUCGCCAUCUGCUCCAUGGUCCUCAUCGGCGAAAGCCUGGGGAAGGGCCUACACUGGGUCGCCCUGGCCUUCGGCUGGGCCAUGUACAACGCCGCCACCGUCACCGCCACCACCGCCAUCAGCGCCUACAUGAUGGAUUGCUUCCCCAAGCACGUCGCCCUCGUCUCCAGCAUCGUCAACUUCUGGCGUACCACCGGCGGCUUCUGCGUCGUCUACUUCCAGCUUCAAUGGGUUGCCCUCAACGGUGCCGCCGUCGUCUUCGGCUGCCAGGCUGCCAUCAUCGCCGCUGGCUUUGCCGGCGUCAUCAUCACCCAAGUUUGGGGCCAAGGCUGGCGCGAGAAGUAUCCUCCUCCCCCGGAUGAGAACUAAGGGGUGGGAGGGGCUUUUCCUCUUAUGCCGAUGAUUGAAGUAGAUGAAAUAUCUAGAGAUGGUAUGUACAUGACGGAUAUUUUUGUAAUGUACUGUAGAUAAGAAUCCUAUGUUAUAGUAAAUACAUCUGUACACGAUGAUCAUGUUACUUUGGGGGCUUGACUGGAUACUAGUUAGAGAAUAAUAAUAAUAAUAAUAAAUAUCAUGUUAAUGAUAAUAAUCUCCAUGUAGCGGACAGGAGGGCAAAGAAUGCAUUACAGACUCCAAAAAAAUAAGAUAGG